AUGAACUCACAUUUUCUUCAUCCAAUAACAUUCAAAUCUAAUCAACUACAUAAUAAACACACACAAAAAAGAAGAAGAUGAAUCUUAUGUUUUACUUCCUUCUUUCCUUAACCACUGUUUUGGCCGUGACCGCAAGCCCUGGUCAUCCAGUUCUCGACAUUAAAGGUAAUAUCAUAUUCAGCGGCAGUUACUACGUUCUCCCCCGCAUGGUUGGCGCUGGAGGUGGCGGUCUGACUCUCGCUCCCCGUGUAGGCCACCAGUGUCCCCUCUAUGUCGGGAUGGAAACACAUGGCAACAAGGGCAUUCCCGUAAGAUUCUCAAACUGGGAAUCUAGAGUCGGCUUCGUUCCUGAAGCAGAGAAUCUCAACAUCGAGAUGGACAUCAAAGCUACGACCUGCGUUCAGUCAACCUAUUGGUAUAUCUCUGCGUCUGACAGUCACUUUAGGACGUCGCUCAUUGCGGCUGGUCCUAAGCCUAAUUACUUCCAGAUCAGGAAAGCCUCUGAAGAUCUUAACAGCUACAAAAUAGUGUGCUGUUCUGAGGAUGACGAUGAAGAUUGCAUGGAUGUCGGGGUAUUUAUGGACGCAUCUGGAAAUUGGCGUUUGGGUUUAAACUCAAAGCCAUUCCACGUUGUAUUCAUAAGAGCUAGUGAGGAUGAGACUUUGUCAAAGAUCAAGUCUAUUAUCUGAGAGAAAUUAGACUACAAAAUUAAGAGGCUUAAGAGUUUUAACGUACGACUAAUAAUGAAACCCUAUCUGUUUUCUUUGUUCAUCGAUCAUAAUAUAUGAGAUAAAACAUACUAUUUCGUUUGUUUCUUUUUUUUUUUG